AUGUCAAAUAGUGAAGAAAAAAGUUGGACUAAUAAGAAGGUAGAUCAUUUCGUAGUAGUUAACAACGUGCUCGGUAAGGGAGCCUUCGGUAAGGUGUAUAGAGGUUUCUGCGUUGAAGAUGAAAAUAAAUUAGUUGCAGCCAAGGCUAUACCUAUAAAAUCAAUUAGCGAUUCAGGUAAAAUGCUUGAAUUGAUCAAAAGAGAAAUUGCAAUUCUUUAAAAAGUUUCAUCACCUUUCAUUGUAAGCUUGUAUGAUGUUGCUAGAACUUCAAAUAAUCUUUACAUGUUCUUGGAAUACUGUCAUGAUGGUGAUCUUAAAGAGUAUCUUAAAAAGAAGGAAGGCAAGAGACUCAGUGAACCAGAGGCUUUGAUUUUCUUCAGACAUAUAGUUGAAGGUUUCAAGGAGUUAUAAAAGCAUAAAAUCAUUCACAGAGAUAUUAAGCCUGCCAAUAUCAUGCUUAGUAACGGUAUUGCUAAAAUCUCUGAUUUUGGUUUCUCAAGAGUUGUUGAAAAAGACGAUCCUGCUUUGCUUUCCAGAUUAGGUUCUCCUUUAUAUAUGACUCCUUAAAUUCUUGAUGGUGUUCCUUUCAAUUUCAAAUGCGACGUUUGGAGUGUUGGUGUUGUCUUUUUCGAAAUGCUUUAUGGUACCACUCCUUGGAUUGGUGACAGCUAAGUUAAGCUUCUUUAAAAUAUUAAAUCAAUUCCUCUCAAGUUCCCAGAAAAUCCCAUCAGAAGCAAAGAAGUUAAGGAUUUACUUAGAGGUAUGUUGAAAGUCAAAGAAGAAGAAAGAAUGAGUUGGGAAGAAAUCUUCAACCAUCCUCUUAUCAAAGACUACACUACCCCUGCUUUAGCUAAAGAACCUGCUCCUAAUAAAGACGAUUUAGAAUAGAGUGUCUCUUUAAAUGAUAACUAUAUCAAAAAGAAUUUGGUCGCUGGUUAUCUUACAAAUCCUGACACUGUAUAAACUAAAGGUCCUGAUGCUAUCUAGCAAAAUAUUUUAAAAAAAUAAGAACAAUAAACUACAAGCUCUACUCAAUAGUCUUCAUAAAUGACCUCCAAAAUGGAGUAAAGCAGUUAAAAAGUUAAUGAAAUUGUUAAUAAGCAAAAGGAAAAUGAAUAGACAAGAAAGAAUAUUUUAAAGAUCAACGAGUAUAUUUUGUAUGAACGUAAUAUUGCUUUCUUCUCUAAUUUUGUCAUUUAGAAAUUGAUUAAGGCUUACAAUGAUUCUAAGUUGUAAGUUCCUGCUGAUCUCUACUUCCGUAUCAUUUUCUCUAUAUGCAAGUAUUAAAAUAUGCAAUUAGAUAAAAUGAACGAAUUCUUGAAUCAAUCUAAGACUGAAGGUUUUAGCGAGCAAGUGUGGUAGAAAUACAAAGAAUCCACUGAAUACCAAACUACUGUCAAGCUUAUUAGAGCUGAUAUCGAUCAUUCUAAGAAUUUCUUUGAAGAACUCUUCAAAAAGACAAAAGAUGUUGUUACACAUUCAUUUAACAAAGAAACCAAUAAAGACAAGCAAGAAGUUUUAAACAAAUUUUUAGGCAUUAUUGAUAAAACUUUCACUCUUGACAAUAAAUUCAAAAGCAUUUUUAAAGCUACCCUUAAUGAAAUGAUAGAAACAUUAAAGCCAUAGAUAAUUAAUGGUAAACCUGACAAAGAAAUUUUGGUAAUUGCUCGUUACUUAAUUGUUUGCAAUAAUCCUUACCUUGAAUUCAAGAUUUCUUCAUUCGAUUUUAAUAAAUUCUAUGAAGACAUUGAACACAUUUCUGAAGAAGAAAUUAGAAAGCAAGUUCUUGAAAAGUUUAAUUAAAAAGCAAGCAAAUGA